CUGAGUUGCCAAUUCGGUCAAUCCACCGCUAGAUUCCGUACGAUCCAGUUGGAUUAAAGUUCUUGUUCCUCUAGUUAGUUUAUUUUUGUAGUAUAAUUCUAGACAAUCGGUCUACAAAGGGCUGAUUUGUUUGUUCUGCAAAAAUGAAACUGUUUGUUGUGUUAAGUGUACUGUUCGUUGGAGCCCUGGCCCAGGAUGGACCGAAAGUUACUGAUAAGGUCUUUUUUGAUAUCACAAUUGGCGGCAAACCGGAAGGACGUAUCGUGAUCGGAUUGUUUGGUGGUACCGUUCCAAAAACCGCUAGGAAUUUCAAAGAGCUCGCUGAGAAGAAGGAAGUUGGUGAAGGCUACAAGGGCAGCAAAUUCCAUCGUGUGAUCCGCGACUUCAUGAUCCAGGGAGGAGACUUCACCCGAGGCGAUGGAACCGGCGGGCGCUCGAUUUACGGUGAACGCUUCGCCGAUGAGAACUUCAAGCUGAAGCACUACGGAGCCGGAUGGCUGUCGAUGGCCAACGCCGGAAAGGACACGAACGGAUCGCAAUUUUUCAUCACCGUCAAGCAAACAAGCUGGCUGGACGGACGCCACGUUGUGUUUGGCAAGGUGUUGGAAGGAAUGAGCGUUGUGCGGAAAAUCGAAAACACCAGCACCGAUGGACGGGAUCGUCCCGCACAGGAUGUUGUGAUUGCCGACAGUGGUUCGCUGCCAGUCGAUACUCCAUUUGCCACCGAUAAGAGUGAUGCUAGCGAUUAAUUUCGCUUCCUCCGCGCUUAAGAAGCAUGUGAGCACUUCCACCCGAGAUUGCAUUUAAUUUGAUGAUUUUAGAAUGAGAGGAAUAAAGAACUCGGAUGAUUUUAA